UGUACAUGUGCACAAACCUUCUUCUUGAAUUUUCCUUCACUUUACUGUUUUCUCUCUUCUGCCUUCUCUCUGUAACUGUAACCUCUCUGAUAUUAAGAUUUUCCUAGAGUGAGUUCUCUGUUUCUUUGGAUCUGAGCAAACAGAGUGCUUUGAUUUUCCACCGAAAUUUCAUUAUAUACCUAGUCAUCUGUUUCAAUAGUGGAGUGAAGUAAAACAACAUGCCUUGGUUGAGUCAAUCAGUUGAUGUGUUUCGCAAUGUUGUGCGAUUGAAUUUGUAUUGCAGGGUUAUUCUGUAAAUUAUUUCUCCAACUGAACCUCAACCAAUCUUCAGACUCUUGGCUUGUCAUUCUUCUGCAAACUAUUAAAGAUUGAGUUUUGAGUGGUCAAAAGAAGUUAUGGUGUGGCAAGCAGCAAGCCAAACAAGAUUUCGGGCGUUAAAGCAUGAGAAUGGAAUUGCUGGAAAACCGAUAAUUAUAGUUAGAGUCAUUGCAUGCUAUCAACCAUUGCAGGAUUGCCAGGCUGAGUACUUCCGCCACUUGCUUAAACCUGUCACGUAGAUUGAUUACACACUUGCUUUAUAUUGUCAAGCUGGAAAUUGUAGUUUCUCCUUUUUUUUCUUCCAUUGUUCCUCAACGAAGCAGAAAACUAAUUCAAUAUUGCAUAUUGAAGCUCAAAUCUUGGUUAUUCUUUUGGUUGGAUGGUUAAAUCCAACAAUUCUUGGCUGUUCCGACCACAGUGCACUGGGCAAUCACCUAAUUUGAAUUGCAUGAGCACAUCAGUUGAGCCAGUGCAACAAGGAUGUUUGCCAGCAUGUGUGAAUCCUGGCUUGAACACAUUUUCUGCAAAUAUGAUGAUGCCAGGGAUUGCAGUCCCAUGCAUCCCAAGUUUGAACACACAACAAAGUAAUGGGGGCCAAGGGUUGUCUCAAAGAUUGCCCCCUGUCUUCCAGAAUUUGUUUCCUAUGAGCUCAUGUCUCAAAGAGAACUUACCUGUGUUUUCUUAUGGUGGGGAGGGUGCACCAAAUGCAAUCCCUGGAUGUCAGCAGAGAUAUGUUAUUUUUGACCAGUCUGGGAAUGAAACAAGGUUAAUAUAUAGUUCUUUUCUAACUGCUGAUGUGAAACCGACUGUAGCUGCCACAAAACCAAUUGGUGGUUCUUAUUUGCACUAUGAAGAACAUGCAGCUAAAAUGGACCGAAUCAAUCAUACAGUGCUGAAGUUGCAGGAAGUAUCAGAUGAGAAUCGCUUAAGUGGUGAAGAAAGUGAGAUGCAUGAAGACACUGAAGAAAUCAAUGCCUUCCUUUACUCUGAUGAUGAUGAAGAUGAUGAUGAUGAUGAUGAUGAUGAUGAUGAUGAAGUAACAAGCACUGGUCACUCUCCCAUUCUGAUCAGUAGUUGUGGGACGCUAGCACAAGUAGAGGAAAUAACAGAGGAAGUAACUGGUUCUGAUGGCCGAAACAAAAGGCAGAAAUUGCUUGAUGGUGGGUACAAAAGAAAAUCACUAGUGGACGCUGCUAGUUUGACAAAAGUGGCCGGAGUUCACGGGUGUGAUGAUGAUGAUGAUGAAUCAAGCUAUGCUAUUAGCCAAAACCAAGAAGAGGAAAGGCUUGUCAUUUUGGGGAACAAGCAAUUGAAAAAGGAUAAGGUUCGUGCAACAUUGAAAAUUCUGGAGAACAUAAUCCCUGGUGCAAAGGACAAGGACCCAUUGCUGGUCCUUGAUGUAGCUAUAGAUUACUUGAAGUCUUUGAAAUUCAAAGCCAAAACUCUAGGACUGAACUACUGUUAAGUUUCAAUCCUCCUUCCAUGGUAGUAUGUUGGCUAGUGGGUGGAAGGAAGGAAGAAUGAAGAAAAGUAGCAAUCCAACAAUUCUUGGCUUGAAUGAUUGAUGAGUUUGAAAUCUCUAUAUUAGCUUUUCUGAUGUGGCAUACCCUUAAGACUUUUUUCCUCAAGAGCUGUGUAUAAUGGGCCAAUAAAAGGAGAGUAGUGGCAAGAUAUAUGGCAGUUUGGUUGCAGGAGCUGAAGGGAAAAAAUGGAAUUUGGUUUGUUGACCAAAAAUGAUUAUCUUUUAGCUUUAUUGUGGAUUAAAGGUCAUGACAGGAAUUUAUUUUCCCCAAGUGUUGAGAAACCCUAUGGAUUUAGUGCAUGCGCGUUAGGUAAUUCGGGUCCCACUCUCCACCCUUUCUUUCUUUGAUUUUAUGCAUUUGUCUUCCUCUCUUUACCCUCACACAAAUCAUGUUGCUAUUAAACUCUAUUAAAGUGCCAAGAAAGUUUCAGAUGUGUGGAAAUACUGUAGAGAAGCAUGGUGUCUCACCAUGAAUUGUUGGGGUCCACUCUUGAUCAAAUAAUUUCUUCGCUUGGAAGUUUUCACACGUGAGUGUUGGUGGUGGCUAUGGUACUUCUACAGUAUGUUGUGACAUCUCACAUGUGACCUUCAGUAAAGUCCUUGGAACCCAAGAUGGUGUUUGUCAGCUUUGUGAACUCAUUACUAGUUGUGAGUGUGAGUUUGGUGUAUAUCAAUAGAAUGGUAGUGAUUGAGUUGAAUGUAUUUUUUAUCUUGGCUGUUUUUUUCUUUUGUUCUUCCUGUUGUCCUAUGUAUGCAUGUGUCUGUAUUGAAUAAGAGAACAUGGUGUGUUGUGAUUUCAUUAAUAUAGAGAUGUUUUCUUGUGACUC